AUGCUUGUCAUUCUUCCAAACAGUAAUUCGCAUGGCCAUCACACAGCAUCUGGUCUUCUUGCACUCGAAGCUAUCGAUCGUCUUCAACGACUAAGUUCAGCAAAUAUAAUCAUACCGACAAUUAUUGGCUACUCGGAGUUUGUUUUAACUGAACUGCCUAGUUAUCCUGAAAACCAACUUACUAAUCUUCCAACAAAUGUAACAUCAUUCGAAUUUCGUUUCAACCUAAAAUGGAAAUUAGCUGCUGAACAUAAAUCUCAAGGCGGUCUCAUCACGGAAAUAUUGUCGGAGCAUGAUCGUAUUAAUGAACAAUACUUUUAUUUUGCAAUAAAUGAACGAUACGGUAAUGGUGUACGUUUGUCUAUGGUCCAAAAUUUAUUCAUUCAUCUUGCUAAUAUACAUCAAAGUGAUAUUAAAAAUGAGCUUCAUUGA